AUGCUUCGCCGGCCGCUCACAUUCACCACGGCCUCGGCGGCGGUAGCUUUUUCUGCGGUGCGCUUGUAUCGCAUUGUUCCCCACGUGUACAAUGAGAUUGAGGAGUUGGCGGAAACUCAGCAAGCCGGUCGCUGGUAUAUAUCACACCGUAAUUGUCUCCAGCAGCCGUUGAAACGGGCUGAAAUUAUGUGCGACAAACUGAACUACCGCGAAAAGCGUCGCAUGGGGAAACUCCCGGAAAAGUCGGUGGCACGUCGUUUAAGUCAAACGUACGCGGUUGACGGGAAGGUGCACGAGAGCAAGUACAAGACAAAGUUGAUUAAUAUCACAGUUGUUGGCUUUGACGGUCACCCGUAUCACUUUCGCAUGUACCCAAUGCCUGACGUCACGCUCAAUACGCUGAUUGAUGGCUCCGGCAUGUGCCACGGCUAUGCACACUAUUGGGGAAAGUGCAAUAACCCGGACUGUGCCGACUGGAACCAUGGUGAUGGCUGCAUGGUGAAUGUUGACAUUGAGACUCUUGACAAACUUUUACCCCCUAAUCGAUGGGAAUACACGUCGCUUACAAACUGGCGGUCUAUGGACCGUCCUGACAUUACCUACAACACACGCUUCAGCUGUCAGAUACCCGUCACUGAAGAACUUGACGGCGGUUUAUUUGCACUGAAACAGUACUGGACACGAGCCUUGCGUGAGUCUGUCUCAGACUGGGGGCUUGUGGAUGACAUGGGCACAAUUCACGGUGCGCGAAGCAAGAAGAUUGAGCCAUGGGCACCAAUCAUUGAGGAGCCCACAAAGGUGGACUUCCCCAUUACGUUUGACAUGCUGUGGGCGCAAAGCUAUCAGGAUAUUAUGAAGGCCAAAUACCCUGAUAUAAAGCGGAAGGACGGUUACCACACAAAACCCGAGAUGUGGGCGGCGUACGUUUAG